AUGGCUUUCUUCCUACUUUCGACGGCGUUCAUCGCUAUGGUGGCUGCAAAUGGAUACGGGCCAGCCGCCGACAAUACUUACGUAGCUGCUCCAGCUCCAUACCCAUCGUCUGGAAAUGCGGUUUAUUUUGAUAACGACGAUUACUCCAAUGAGUCGCAUGACCGUUCAAAGAAAAGCUUCCGCAAAUUGAAAGAUUUGAAGGUGACCGGGGUUUUCGAUGCAGACAUCAGAUAUUACAAACACGAUGGGGACUAUUAUGCAGAAAUUAGUUGUACACAAACCGCGUCUAAAUACAUUUGGAUUUUGGCUGAUUCUGACACAACUAUUCCAACUUUCGGUCUAGCAGGAACUGUUGCUCUUGCUGGAGGAGUCAACGUGCAAUAUGUCGCCAAGUACAAGAAUCACGGAAAGUGGACUGGACAUGACUUUGAAAAGGACGAUAAGCACAAAUUCCGUCGUGUUGGAUGUUACACCGGAACUUUGGUGUCCGAACUGACUGAGGGCCCAAUGGAUACUUAA